CAUGGUGUCGGUCGUGCCUUUCCAGCCGCGUCAUUCCGGCGGUGUGCAAUGUGCGCGCGCAAACCGUAUGCUUAAACGAUAGUGGCUAUUGAAAAUUAUUAUCAUACCGACGGUUAGGAUUUUUAAUUAUAAAAAUAGCAAAUUUUCAUUAUUUUUUUCGAUUUAGUGUGUGUUCUUAACGAUGAAACGAUGGAUUAUUACAAUGUUCGCGGCUCUUCUUUUGGCUCGUCAAAAUCUCGGUCCGGUGGUCGGCUCCAAUACGUUUGUGGACGAAGAAACCAAUUUAUCUAGUGACUUUUUACCAGACGAUGGAGAACCCGCCCCUAAUAUUGAUGAAUACAGCAGCAUUUCCAAUUACGAUGAUUACGAAACGGAUACGAAUUCAUCCGCCAUCUACGAGACUGAAAACGCUGAAGUAAUUGCGAAUAAUUCCAAUAAAUCUAGUAAUCUUCAUUUUGUUCGGCCACUGAUAAACAUCACCAGAGAUUCGGGUACUUCAGUUAAACUACGAUGCGAAGUAUCGGGCGAACCCCUUCCGAUUCGCAUUCAAUGGUAUAUGAAUGAAGUACUAGUCAAUAAUGAGCCUGGAGUUGGCGAAAAAAAAUCAAAACCUAGGAUAUCAGUUAAACGGUACUCGCCAAGACACAAAAACGCCAUGGGAUCACGUUUGAGAAUAAAUAAAUUGGAAGUUCACGAUACUGGAUUUUUUACUUGUGAAGCGUUCAACGGGGUUGAAAAAAUUCAAUCGAAUGCAAUAUUAAAGGUCAAAAUGAACCCUUUUAGUCCACAUGAUUCGAGCAUAGAUGUUCCACAAUUUGGUUUUUCAAAUCAGCUGGUACCAGUUAUGUUAGAUGGGGAUUCAAAGAGUAAUUCACAACUUGGUUUUACUGAGCCACGGAAUCCUCUUGAAAGUAUACCAGAGUUAAGCCAAAUUCUAACAUAUCCCAUUUGCCAAGUUUAUCAAGGUUCUUUAUGCUCAAAAUAUCUUCAAGAAAAAAGUGUCUACAUACCAGGAAAUACAUCACAAGCACAUAUUGAAGGAAAUUUAACUUCAGCUUUUAAAGUUAUCUCUCAUUCCAGUGAUCUUACACCUGGUUGUGAAAAAUAUGCCCAUAGAUCUAUUUGUCAUACUGCUUAUCCUUUAUGUCGAAAAGAUAGAGCAUCACCAAAGCCAUUGCUUAUAUGUCGUGAGGAUUGUGAACUCUUAGAAAAUGAUAUUUGCAGUCAAGAAUAUGCCAUUGCUAAAAAACAUCAUUUACUUGGACGUGUAGUACCUUUACCUAAUUGUUCAUCAUUACCAGAAACAAAUUGUUUUGAACUUGGAAUUGAAAAACCUGAAGUUAAUAAAGAUGAAACGUGUUAUUGGAGAUUAGGCAAUGCGUAUAGAGGUACAGCAUCAUCCUAUCAAAAUCUCUCUUGUGUACGAUGGAGUCGACAACUAUUAGUUAAAACAUCUGAUUUUAAAGAGUUACAAGGUGGUCAUAAUUACUGUCGAAAUCCAGGAAAUGAAGAAUCAGAACCUUGGUGUGUAGUUGAAAUGCCUGAUACAAAGCUAAUGAAAAAAGUUAUUUGUGAAGUUCCUCACUGUAUGAGGUCACUUCAACCAUUCAUUUUUAUUGUUAGCACUAUCAGCAUUACUCUAUUCAUUGUAUUAUUAGUUAUGGUAAUUUGUUGUAUUCGUAAAAGGAGAAAACGCCAAAACUCAGCUAUUAGACGAAGAUUACCUCCUUACACAAAUCAAAAACAGGAUAUAGUAAAAGGGAAAACCAAUGGAUUAGAAUUAUCAUCUCUCAUACCUGGUUCAAGUGCAUCCAGCCAAAAAUCAGAUAAAUUUACUAAAGUACGACAAUAUUCAUUGGGUGAAAUAACAUUCUUACAAGAAAUUGGAGAAGGUGCUUUUGGCAAAGUAUUCAAAGGACAGGUACCUAACGAUAUGGGUGCCAUUAUAAUGGUUGCGAUUAAAACAUUAAAAGAAGGAGCUAGUGCUAAAACUGCUGCAGAUUUUAAACGAGAAACAGAUUUGAUGGGAGAACUUCGACACCCUAAUGUUGUUUGUUUAGUUGGAAUGUGUGCACGUCCUGCUUGCUUAUUGUUUGAAUUCAUGGCUGGAGGUGAUUUGCAUGAGUUCUUAAUGACACGGUCUCCUCAUUCUCCAAAUUCCCCAGUAGCUCCACCACUUAAUCAAGCUGACUUCAUGUAUAUAGCCACACAAAUCGCUGCAGGUAUGGAAUACUUGUGUAGUCAUCAUUAUGUACACAGAGAUCUUGCUGCAAGAAAUUGUUUAGUUGCUGAAAAUCUAACUGUGAAAAUAUCAGAUUUUGGUCUAUCUCGUGAUAUUUACUCAUCGGAUUACUACAGGGUGCAGUCAAAAUCACUAUUACCUGUUAGAUGGAUGCCUCCAGAAUCAAUUUUGUAUGGAAAGUUUACUACUGAAUCGGACGUAUGGAGUUAUGGGGUUGUGUUGUGGGAAGUAUAUAGCUAUGGAUUACAACCUUAUUAUGGUUAUAGUAACCAAGAAGUAAUUGAAAUGAUACGUUCGCGUCAAUUACUCCCUUGCCCUCAAGAAUGUCCUUCUCGAAUGUAUUCACUUAUGAUGGAAUGUUGGCAUGAAGCACCAGUGAGAAGACCAAACUUUACAGAGAUACAUUCAAGACUGAGGCAAUGGGCUGCUAUGUCUGUGUCUUCUGCCCCAACUAUGACAUACUCAAUGGUCCGUCCGAGUAGCCAAUCUGAUCGUACAGGAUCAUCAAAUGUAUCUUCUACAUGUAGACCAGUAAAUAUUUAAUAAUUAAAAUUAUUGUGGUCAUUUAUAAAAAUCAAAGAAUUAAAGUUACAUACUUUAGUAAAAAUAUAGAUUAAAAUAAAUAUUUAUUUGACGUUGAAUAGACAAAAGUUAUAAUUCCAAUUAACAUAUUAACUUUAUCUUAAAAUUUCUACUUUUAUAAUCAAAAUAAG